AUAAAAACCCUUUCGUCUUCAGUUUAGAUUUUUAGGGUUCAUCAUAUCACAAACCUUAACCUUUAUACUUCUCAAAUUGAAUCCUUAAACUCUUAAUCUUCAUCUAUCUCUACAUCUUCCAGUUUUUACUCAACCCUUCGAUAAUGGCUGGGUUAUAUAUCCGCUUCGAAUUUCUCCCAGUUCAUGUCAAACACCAGGCCCUUGCAUCUCAUUUCAAUUCACAGUUUUUCUGAACCGGAUUAGAUUUCAUCCACUCAUCGAAAAUGUCUUCCUCUGAUUUUUCUGUUGCUCAAGCGAGUCAUCUCAUUCCAUGCCCCCAUAUAUGAUAUAUGGGAUUCGCGAAACGUCAAGACAAACGGUGAAUUUAUGAGAACCACCCUUCUCGAAUUUUGUGAUCCACGAUCGCAAGUUUGACCAUCUCUCUUGCAAACACAAACAUAGAACUCCCUGAUAUUUUUAAGGAAUUUCAAAAAAAAAUUCCUUACCAUAUAAUUAUGACACAACCAUAGUGUAAUAUUUGAUUUCGUUAACUUUCAGAUGUUGUUGGGCAAAUUUGGUCCGUCCAAGGGUGUGCCCUUAACAACGCUGCAGCAACAGCUCGAUUUGUGUACGGUGGUUGUUUACUUGUCCUUAUGGGACAAAGUUGCAGCAACGUUCAGGGGUCUUCUAAGCUCUGGCAAUAAAACCCAAUCUGUCAAUCCUAAAAUUAUUGAGGAACAUUCCUGCCAUCGAAGAGUUCACAAGCAGUUUGGGAGGUGCAGCAGCAGAGGUAUUCCAUGUAUUGAUACCAUGGAAGGGAUCAAAAAGAAAGAGCUUGUGUCAAUUGGAGAUUUAAACACGUUCAUCUCCAACUCUAGCGAUCAGAGGAAGCCGAUUUCCUAUGUAAAGCUCUGGUCGUUGGGGUACUCCAACAAAAUGGUUGGUCACACCGGAUGCAGCAUGAAGUUAGACAAAUCUGGCACUUCGCUUCGCUGCAACAGAUGUGUUUCUACGAACAUUACCGGGGUUAACAGGUUCCGUGUUGAGCUAGCAGAUGAUGAUGGCGACGAUUGUGCCACGUUUUGUGGUCUUCGAUAGGGAGAUGAGUAAGCACACCGAGCAAGAAGCAGACACUCUGGCUCUCGACGAGUUACAUUUUUGCUACUGUGCUACAUUUUUUCUACGUUAACAGUGGUCACGAUCACUCUGAAUGGCUCUAAAACAUUAAAUCUACUACAGAUAAGUGAGGGUGAAGGGCAAGAGCUAGCUGGGAAGGACUAUGUUUUCCAAAUUCGUGUUGACUCCAUACAGUUUCACCCCUAACCACCGUACCUUCACCGUCUCUGCAAUCAGUGAUGCUAGCUCCUUUUGCACUCAGGCUCACGCAGAGUUGCACCAGCAACCCAACUGCAGUGGUUGACGGGGAAGAUGGACAACUAACAGCAUCUGCCAGCAACACGGUUGAAGGGGCGAAGAUAGCAAUGGGCGUUGAUUGCAGAGAAAGAAAACUGCCGCAAAAUGCCCCCGUGAAUGAUAGUUUUAAGUCGAUCAUACUGUCAACCCCACUUACCUUUCAUGUCUUUUAAAAUUUCUGCAUUCCUAUGUUUUCCCCAUUUUGAACUUUUGUUGUCUCUUGCAUCUUCAGCAAACUACCUCCCACGCGGAGGAUAGAGACUUUGAUUUUAUAUUAAAAAAAAGGCUGUGUU